AUGGAAGAAGACAACGAACUCCUUGACUGGGGCAAUGAAGACGACGAGCACCAGGACCUUCACAGGAAAGGCUCUAUAGAGCAACGAGGUGAUGUUGACGAGAUGGAAGAUGCUGUGUCUCUGGGGGAAGACGAGGAUGAGCAAGGGUAUUUUGCCUACCAGCGCGAGCACGAAGACGCGUCUGGAUCACUAGGCGACAAAGACCUCAUUUCUAGGCCAGCUUCUCCCCAAAAUUUGACAGCCCACUCCAACAGCAGCGACCACCAGUCUCACCACUCGUCUCAGGAUGUCAUCCAGGACAGCUCAUCCACUUUGAAUAGGCCCCCCUCCUCCAGGGAUUCUCCUCGCCGCCGCCAGAACUCCAAGAAUAAUCAUUCUCCUCAGCGCUCUAGUUCUCUUUCCGCUAACGCACUUAGGCUUACCCAUGCGCUUCCCCCGAAACCAGUUGUCGCAAACGUGCCAUAUCUGCCCCCUUCGCAUCCAUCGAUCGUUGAAGCUACCAGUAUGGUUAGUGCCACCAGGACUGCAGGCCGCGAGUCGAAAAAGUCAAACGGAGUCUCUGCGUCUGCUGGGAAUGGCAAAUCCACCAGCUCUGCCGCGGUUGAGCGCGAUUCUAGCUUGCCUUCAGAAUGGGAAGUGAGACACCCCAGAAGCGGUGGUGGUGUAUAUUACUACAACAGCGAAACACAUCAGUCGACUUGGACUCGUCCUCCCUCAUUACGAGCCACCCGUGGCACUUCAGCCUCUCAGCCUGAUUUUGAUAUAACAGAGGCCUCAAAGCAUCCCUCGUCGUCAAACCCGCUCUCUUACGAAGAUCGACACUACCGGCCUGCAGGAAGCGAACCCGUGCCUCCCACGGAAAGUCGGUCUAACGACAGGACUCAAGAGGCUUCCAAUGCUCACUAUCACCGUCAAGAUGAAUAUGCUGUGACUCCUCCUGCAUCUCCGACACGUUAUAGGGACCGAGAAAGGGCCAGAUCUCUUUCUCCUAAUCUUGAGCCAGAGGCAGCUUAUUCUCGGAGUAGAGAUCGAGAAUCACGCUCUGGCCGUAACUCACAGCGUCCAGGUCGUGGAAGGGUUGCCACUAACGCAGAUUCUCCAAUACAGCAUAGGGAACGUGAGCACCCAUCGGCUGGGCCUGAUUACCCUGAGCGACAUUGGGGAAGGCCCCCACCCGUUCCUCCCACAGAAUACACCAGCAAGAAUGACCAUUCGACACGUCGUCCCCCUCGUCAACGGCAGCAGGGGGACGAUACCUCGUUUGAGCAUGUUGCUGACGAUCGAGACAGGGCUCCCUUGAGAAGGAGUGCCAGUAAUCGGGUGUCCAACAGGGACCGUGAACCCGAAACUAGGGAGCAUCUUGUACAAAAUCCAAGCAUACCCACAUCUAGACAUAGGUCUCCUCCUCCGCAUAUGCGUGACCGCGAUGUCCCAUCGUACGAUCCUGCGAGGGAGCGUGAACAAAAAAUGAUUGAAGACCCGCAAGCUAGAUCAGCCCAUCCGCCAUCCUCUUCGCGAAGAGAGAAACCGCCUCGUCUCAACAACAGAUUAGUCCCAACAACUGCACCAUCAUCAGCCACGGCGUCAGUCACUUCGGAUGGCCCUCCAGCCCGACACAGAGAUUAUAUCCCUUCCGAAGAUGUUGAGUAUUCUCACCGUCGAGGCGUGGAUCGAGAACGAGAACGUGACCUGGACCGUAGUCGUGGCCAUGAUGAGUUAAACAGACAUGCUAACUCCCAGCCAAUGAUCCCUGUAGAUUCUGUCCCUUCUUACUCAAGGUCACGACCUGGCCGGGAUUACGAUCUGGAGAGAAUGCAACCUCCGGUUGAUCACGAAAGGUUGUCCAUGGCAUUGGAUCCAGCAGAACAAUUAUCUCGUCGGAGCCGUGUACCGCUUCCACCUCAAGAAAUGUCCUUCCGUGACACAGUAACAGCAAGACCUGGACCUCCAACUCACGACGUUGAUUAUCACAACCGAGAACCACCGAGGCAGUCGUUUGCACCGCCCACGCAUUCGCCCCCCAGAAAUCAAUUCCCUAGGUCAGGGCCUCCCAUUCAGAGCGUCAACGGAAUGCCGCCUACCGGCCCACGUCAACAGCAAUUGGAUGUGUUUUCUACUUCCAGACUAGCCAGACCGCUUCCGUCUGGUUCUGCAGGUCCUGAUUACCCCGGAGACCGUUCUCGCUCUGCUAGGCAACAGCGUGAUCGUGGCCCAUCUUACGUGCAACGGCCAGGUCCUCCUCCCAUUGACACUCGUAUAGAUGUUGAUCGCGAUGAGCCUAUGUCGUCCUCAAGGUAUCCCCCCUCUCCACCGAUGAGGAGUGCUGAAUCUGCGAGCAGAGGGAUGUAUGCGGACAGGGAGAAUGCUAAUGCUGAGGCUCCAAAGGCGCCCAGGGCCAUGAAGCAUCCUUCAACUUCACCUACGGCGUCUUAUGGACCACUGCCACCAGUUGGUAGGUCAAGGGAACGCUCUCCCCCAUUCAGUGCACCUCCUGGUGGAGAUUCUAGGGAUGGAAGAAGGGACUACGACCCAAGACCAGAUGGAGGGGUAGCAUGGAGGGGUGACCGUUCAGGCCCAGGGCAGCACCUCCCUCCUCCUGUUGAAAGAGGUUUCCCUCCACGUCGUGGUGACACUCGAGGCGGUCGACCGCCCGUUUUUGCUUCAAGACCCGUACCAGUUUCAGGAACCAACAACAUCCCAAUCGGAGUCAAACGUCCAUUUGACGGCAAUGCCCCUCCUCCUCAUGAACCUCCUCUCGUACCUCCGAUGAAUCGAUACAAUCAGAAUCCAGGGCCAAUCCCACCUCCAGUUUUAGUGCCGAACGCUGGUUAUGACUCUCGUGAUUUUCCACCCGGAAAAGCAAUUUAUGAACGCGUUCGUAACUACCUUUACCACUGUCCUGAACCUACUCGCCGCCCAGAGGAUCCAUUCCCUCCACAACCUUAUGAACGUCGUCAAGUACCUCCUGCUCCAGCACCAGCACCAGCACCAGCACCUCCAUCAGGUCCUCCAUCUGCACCUCCAGCGGACGAGAAUAAGCCCAGACGAGAGGCACGGAAGUCGCGAUUUGACAAGCCGGCAGAAUUAGCACCAAGGGCCUGGGUUCCACGUGAACCUUCGCCCAGCUCCGAUGUGGCGGUCCAUGCCGCCAACGUUGAGAAAGAAGGGAAGGCGCCAACGCCACCACCAGUCUCCAGAGAGCCAUCAGCAACGUCCCCAACAUGGGACCUCCCAGACCGACCUCCUCCAUCUUCACGGUUUUCUGUCGAUGAAUCCAAGUCAGAUGCUCGAUCAGUCAGCUCUCGUUCUGGGCCGGUGACGGAUGAAAAUCGGCCCAAAGAGCUUCUGGAGCGAUUUUCUACCCCUCCUGUUCGAACAGGUGAUGGAGGCCCUCCAAAUAACGGUCCUCGUCAAAGUCAUGCAUUACCUCCCAAUCCGACAACUCAUCAUCGAGAAACUCACACCUUCCCUCAGGACUCCGCUCCAGGAUGGUCUGAUGCUCGUCGAGGCUACGAGGAUGGUAGACCCAGGAGUCGGUGGGGUGAGCCCAGACGUGAUGGUCCAGUCAAUCAACACUCGGUUUUGGAGCCCAGUGCUUCUCGCAUGGUCGUGGAUGAACCGCCUGUUCACAGCCGACCAGAGGAAUACAGCGAAACUCGGACUUCGAAACCUAUCCGCAUUCGACGACCACCUAUGGGAUCUGGACCUAAUGUCACUGCCCAGACACGCGUAGCGUCAACAGCAUCAAUAGACAGCUACAUUCCCUCUGAACAGGCAGCCCCCGCUAUUUAUGAGCGGGAAGGAUACGAUCUCGCCAAGCGGAUUGAGAGGCCGCCAGGUCCUCGACGGGGAGGAUCGUUGUUGGAUCGGCUGUCAUUGGACGAUGGGCCUCCUCCGCCUGUGAUUACAGCGAAUAACACGCCUCAACAGCCGUCGCUGCGAGAUAGGGUACAGCUAGUCCCAGCGAAGAGGGACAGGGAGGACAUGAUGGGUGAUUAUUACGAUACGUCGUUUGAUGGUGAUGAUGGGGGUAUCGAUUCCUUGUCGAAGAGGCAAAGACAGAAAGGGGUGAAGCCGAGGAGGGGUAGGAGGAGGGGAGGCCCAGGAGGGAUGCCGUAGGAUUGCAGAGAGGAUUGAAAAAGUUUCUUGAGACGUCGUUCAGAUUUCCCUUUGUCAGGUUACGAUGCGUUUUCGUAGUACAGGGAUAAAAGUAACAUGGGAUUCGUGUUCACAGUUU